AAGAAACAGAAACCAAUAGCAUUGACCCUCACUGCAUUGGUUUGUUGUGUAUGUCAGCUAACUGAAAACUCUUUUAAUCGCCAACAUUGAAGUGUAUGUGUCCCACGAGUAGCGGACAAUGUCUACCCGGGCUCUGCGAAGACUCAGAGGGAAACAGCGGGGUCAGGAGGCCUUGGAUCUCGGGGAUGUAACUUUGGCUGACAGCCCGGAGGAGCAAGCUGCGGCUGAAGAGGAGCAGCUGGACGAGGCGAGUGUUUCUCCCCUGGCUGAAAGGAAAGGCAGUGGCCGAAAAGCGAAGAAAAACAAGGCUCAGAAAAACUUCAGCAACAUUUAUGAAUUGAUUGGUGAUGCAGACAGUGAGGCAGAGAAAAUCUCACCUGAUGAAGAGGCAGAGAAACCAGAUGGAAAUAAAACAAGUGGCCGGGAGAAUAAUGAUAACAGAGACACUGAGAAACCAGAUCAAAAGCAAGAGGAAGCAUCUACAAAGUCUUCAUCUUCUGGAGAUAGAGUUAAAAAGAAGAAGAAAAAGAAGAAGACAAAAGUGACGUCAGACGAUGGACAGGAGGCUGUACCAGAUGAUAACAUUGAUUUACUGCUGGAGAACCUGGAGCAGUCCAAUGGUCUGAGUUUGCAAAAUGAGGAUUGUGGAGGCUCUGACAGAAGAUCAGUGUUACAUGUGGAGCACAGGAAUCUCAACCCAGAGACGGAGCUGAAAAGAUAUUUUGGGGCUCGAGCUGUUCAAGGGGACCAAAGACCUCGUCAGAGAAACCGGCAGUUUCACCGCAGCACCUGGAUGACCAGUCCCAAGGACAGCUGGCCCCGCUUUAGCCGCCCAGGAAUCUCAAUGACCUUACUGCAGUCAAAAGAUGGCAUUCAGUACUUCACCUUUGAGCACAGUCGGGACUACCAGCAAGUACAGUUCAAGUUCCUGGAUGCUGUCGAGUCCAUGGAUCCCAACAACAUUGUGGCCCUGCUACAGCUUAACCCCUACCACAUUGAUUCCUUGCUGCAGCUCUCUGAUGUCUGCCGCAUACAGGAGGAUCAGGAGAUGGCCAGGGACCUCAUCGAGAGGGCCUUGUACAGCUUUGAGUGCGCUUUUCACCCUUUAUUCAGUCUGACCUCAGGUACCUGCAGACUUGAUUAUCUGAGACCAGAGAACAGGGCAUUUUAUUUGGCUCUUUAUAAACACAUGAUGUUCCUGGAGAAGAGAGGAUGCCCACGGACGGCUUUGGAGUACUGCAAACUGAUCCUGAGUUUGGACCCAGACUCUGAUCCACUUUGCAUGCUCCUGCUCAUUGAUUUCCUGACGCUGCGUUCCAGAGAGUACCAGUCUCUCCUCCAGUUAUAUCAGGACUGGGAGGUGCACAGGAAUCUGUCCCAGCUGCCAAAUUUUGCAUUCUCCACUGCACUUUGCCAUUUCCAUCUCAGUCAGCAGGAAGAUAUGGAUCCUGAAGAAAGUAACAAAGAAAGACACAAAGCUGACCUGAUGCUUCAGGACUCUCUCAUCAUGUUCCCUGGAGUCUUGAUGCCUCUAUUGGAUCUGUGUACUGUGCAGCCAGAUUCCACAGUCACUGCACACGCCUUCUUUGGCCCAAAGAGUCAGAUAGGGCAGCCCCCAGCCCUGGCUGAACUUACUUCACUGUAUGUGGGGAGGACUUGCAGCCUGUGGAGGGAGGCAGCAGUAAUGCUGUGGUUGGAAGAGUCUGUGAAAGAGGUGCUUCGUCGAGUUGAUGCCAAAGACCCUCUGGUGGAGGACUGCCAAAAUAAGAGAAAGCAGAGGUAUCAGAGUGCACCAAGGAACAUCCAUCGCCACGUUCUCCUCUCUGAAAUCAAAGAAGCCACAUCAAGCCUGCCUUUGGAGGUGACCAGUCAGCCUGUGAUGGGCUUUGACCCUCUGCCUCCACUGGACUCAGUGAUGUCGUAUACCCGGCCAGAGAGGCAGCAUGUUGGUGCAUCCAAUGAGAGCACGUUGUCACUGUUUUUCCGGUCGUUGCUGCCAAACUUCAACCUUCAGGGUGGACUGAGGCAGGAGGAUGACAUGGAAGUGGCUCGAGCCGGUCAGGAGCUGAACCAGGAAGUGAAUCGUCUAAUGGUGGCGAUGAGGGACAUGCUGGCAAACAUCAGGUUUCAAGAGCCGCCGAGAGAGGACAACCCCUACAGAGAUGAGGAGGAAUGGGACUGACUGAGGAGGAGGGAGACAGAGGUGGAAUUUUCAAGUGUGAGGAUGAAGAGGAAUCAAAUAGACAAAUAAACGUAAUAAAUGUCAUGACAUUAAGAAAAAUAUUUAAUUGUGUUUAUAAUAAUUAAAAGGAGAUGGAGUGGGACAACUGAAUAGUAUUUUUUUUAAUCCCAUUUUAAUUUUAGUCACAAGUACUUAGGUGAAAGGAAGAGAUGACUCGGAGCCUGUUCACUCCUCUACUUUAGUGACAUGGAUAAAGACAAAUACUCUGGGUGGUUUUAUUAACAUGGGGAACUGGGGAAAAGUCAGAUUGGUUAGUUGCAGUAACCUGCCAUAAAGUUGACAGUGUUAUUUAAAAUAAUUGCAGUUCCAACAUCUCCAACACAAAAUGGCCGCUACUCUUCGUUCUUUCUCCUGUGGUUUAGAGUUUUUAAUGUUCACAAACACUGCUUUAUGAAAUAAGAAUAAAGUUGAAACAGUC